GGAGGCUGAGGCCUGCAGCGGGACUUGCAGAGAGACCCAGCAAGCCAUGGUGUUUCCAUGGAGAUGUCAGAGUACUCAGUGGGGCUCAUGGAGCAUCCUCAAGCUGUGGGUCUGGAUCCUGCUCUGUUGUGAUUUCCUGACAUACCAUGGAUCUCACUGUUGGACUUACCAUUAUUCUGAAAAAUCCAUGAACUGGGAAAAUGCUAGAAGGUUCUGCAAGCAAAACUACACAGAUUUAGUUGCCAUACAAAACAAGAGAGAAAUAGAGUAUUUGGAAGAGACAUUACCCAAAAACCCUACUUACUACUGGAUAGGAAUCAGGAAAAUUGGAAAAAUGUGGACAUGGGUGGGAACUAACAAAACUCUCACUAAAGAAGCGGAGAACUGGGGGGCUGGGGAGCCCAACAACAAGAAGUCCAAGGAAGACUGCGUGGAGAUCUAUAUCAAGAGGGAACGAGACUCUGGGAAAUGGAAUGAUGACUCCUGCCACAAACGAAAGGCAGCUCUCUGCUACACAGCCUCUUGCCAGCCAGAGUCUUGCAGUGGCCAUGGAGAAUGUGUGGAAACUAUCAACAAUCACACGUGCAUCUGUGACGCAGGGUAUUAUGGGCCCCAGUGUCAAUAUGUGGUCCAGUGUGAGCCUUUGAAGGCUCCUGAGCUGGGUACCAUGGACUGCAUUCACUCCUUGAAAAACUUCAGCUUCCAGACGCAGUGCUCUUUCAACUGUUCUGAGGGAGGAAUACUACUUGGAAUUGCAGAAACACAGUGUGAAGCAUCUGGAAACUGGUCAUCUCUAGAGCCCAUCUGUCAAGUGACUCAGUGCACGCCUCUAGCAGCACCUGAUCUGGGCACUAUGGAAUGCAGUCACCCCCUGGCCAACUUCAGUUUUACUUCUGCUUGUACCUUCACCUGCUCAGAAGAAACUGACUUAAUUGGUGAGAGAAAAACUGUCUGCGAAUCAUCUGGCAUCUGGUCUAGUCCUAUUCCAGUAUGUCAAAAGACAAACAGAAGUUUCUCAGAGAUCAAGAAAGGUGACUAUAACCCCCUUUUCAUUCCUGUAGCCGUCAUGGUCACCGCAUUCUCAGGGCUGGCAUUUAUCAUUUGGCUGGCAAGGCGGUUAAAAAAAGGCAAGAAAUCUCAGGAAAGGAUGGAUGAUCCAUACUGAUUCAUCCUUUGUGAAAGGAAAGUCAUGAGGUACUAAAAAAAA